GUUACAGAAUUAUUCACAUUCAUCCCUUGUCUCUGAUGUUGCAGCCUGGAAGUGUUCUGGUUGUCAAGAAAUGCAAUGAAGAAAGUGUUUUCCAAUUUCCACGUACUAUCUCUUGUCACACAGGAGCGUUUGGGGUGAACUGCCAAGCUAUCAGCGGAGAUGGAGUAAAGCACCUUUAUCUACGCCUUCCCUAACAGGGUACUCAGCUGUGACUCAGAGAGGGUGCAAAAGGCUCGUGCAGACUAAGAUUGUAGAUUUUCGCCCACAUCCACUCUUCUUGUGACAUGCACCACCAAGGAGUCGAAUGAUUUAUGAGGACUGUUCCUUAACUAUCCGCCUGCAGAUCACAAGGUCUCUCAGCGCUUAUGCCUUCAGGCUAACUUGAAACAGAUAUUCUCAGCAGUGCAUGGUCCUGUUAGUCCACAUUGCAGUUCCACGUGCUUCACACUGUCCAACAUGCCAACCUUACCUGAAGACAAGGGACAAUCAAAAGAGGCACAAUACAACAGUUCUCCUCCAGCCAAAGACACUACUGCUGAAGGGACGACAUGCAGUACACCUUCUAUUAUUCUUCCAGAGAAUGCUGUUACGCCAGAUGUAGAAAUUGAUAAAAAUCUGGUUAACAGGCCUCGUAGUCCUCAUAGGAGACAUUCUAACCGUGCCACUAGGAAUCCAACAAGUUCAUUGACUUCUGUUGACAACAGCGGUCACGUGUUUGAUCUGGUAAAUGAUCAGCUACCAGAUGUCAAAAUAUCAGAGGAAGACAAAAAGAAGAACCUUGAAUUACUAGAAGAAGCAAAGAAAGUGAGUGAGAGGUUUCUAAUGCGCAGAGGCAGAAAGUCAAGAAGCAGCCUUCCAGAGUCACCCACAGCAGUUUCCCCUACACUUAGUCCUAAAGUUUCACCAGUAGCAUCUCGGAGCAACUCUCUCACUCUUCCAGUUCCAUCAGGGUCUGAUGCAUGCACAACCGCUAGUGUUGAGUCAUUAUCUCCAGGGCAGAAUAACAGAACUGUGAAAGAGGAUGACAGGCAAGCUGCAGAGAAUGCUGCAAAAGGAUUAAUUGAUCGAAGGCAGAAUGAUCAAAGAAAGGUUUCUCAGGGAAGGUUGGUUCCUCGUUCUGCUGGUUUUGAAAACUCCAAAGAGAAGCUCUCAGAGCAAAAAGAAAACUUUGAUCCAAGUAAACAUAUGGAUACUUUAGCUAAAUGCUCCCCUUCAGGUGGUGAUGGUGGCAGAAUGUCUCUUAACACUUGCAUGAACGUUUGUGAAAACGAACUUGGAAAAUCAUUCCUCAAGAAAGCAAAAGAGAAUGAUGUUCCUUUAAGAACCCAUCUACCAGGACCAGGAAUAGGAAAUAUAGACUCAAAGCUAAAAAUUCCUGUUCCAGAAAUGAAGGACCAUAAAAUUUCAUGUAAACCAGAAUUUAAACUGUGUGGAUUGCGUCCUCCUCUACUACGGGCUGUAUCAUGGGAUAGCUUAGAGCCUGGACAGAAAGAUAAAACACCUUUAAAAUUACCAUCUGAGGAAAAUAAAAGCUUUGUUGUUGGUAAUAAAUCCAGCAAUCAAUUAAAAGCUUUCAAAGAUCUUCAAAUCCAAGUUCAACCUGUUCGAAUGCAGAAAUUGACAAAGCUCAGAGAGGAGCAUAUUUUGAUGAGAAAUCAAAAUUUAGUUGGACUUAAACUUCCUGAACUUAGUGAAGCAGCUGAACAGGAAAAAGGCCCUUCACCUCUCCCUUCUCCCACUGAAGAGGAAGAGACAAAGAAUAGCUCUGAUGUCAUGCCCAGCAUUCCUGAUGUAUUGCUGCGAAAACUACGAGUGCACAAAUCACUUCCAGGAAGUUCCCCUCCACUUACUGAAAAAGAAGUUGAGAAUGUAUUUGUACAACUUUCCUUGGCUUUUAGAAAUGAUAGUUAUACCUUAGAAUCUAGAAUUAACCAAGCAGAGAGAGAGAGAAAUCUCACUGAAGAGAAUGCUGAGAAGGAACUGGAAAAUUUUAAAGCAGCCAUUACGUCUUCAGCUCACUUAUGGCAUCACUAUGAACACAGAGAGGCUUACCAGAAACUAUUGGAGGAUAUUGCUGUUCUGCGGCGUUUAGCUGCUAGACUAUCUAGUCGUGCGGAGAUGGUUGGAGCCGUUCGCCAGGAGAAGCGUAUGUCAAAGGCAACAGAAGUAAUGAUGCAGUAUGUGGAAAAUCUGAAAAGAACAUAUGAAAAGGAUCAUGCUGAACUAAUGGAGUUCAAGAAACUUGCCAGUCAGAAUUCAAGCAGAAGCUAUGGUGCAUCCGAAGAUGGAGUACCUCGUUCAUCUAGAUCCAUGUCUCUUACUGUUGGAAAGAAUGUGCCUCGGAGGAGAGUCAGUGUUGCUGUUGUUCCUAAAUUUAACUCCUUAAACAUUCCCGGUCAGUCAGCAACAGCCUCACCUAUACCUUCAAUGCCAUCCCUGUCUGAAUCACCUAGUAAUGGAAGGAGCAAUCUAACAUCUACUCCUGUUCUGCCAGCACUUUUAGAAAAUGGAAAGACUAAUGGAGAGCCUGACUGUGAAACCUCUACUUCUGUGCUGACACAGAGUGUGUUGGAAGAGAUCAAUCCUGAAACUAAAGCCAAGAUAGAGGAGGAAGCAUAUAACAAAGGCUAUCAGGAAGGCUUGAAGAAAACCAAAGAACUUCAGGAACUGAAGGAAGAAGAUGAAGAGACACCAAAAGAAAGUCAUGAUGAACAUGAAGAAAGUGAAAAUGAAGAUGAAAUAAAAAACCUGAAAAGCAGCAGACUUGAAGUCAUCAUUAAUUAUUUACAUAUACUGUACCCCAAACUGUGUAAACACUGGAAUGUGGUAUGGCUUGUAGUGGCUGCGAUAAUCAUUUUUGCUGUGGUGUUGGGAAUCUACCAUUCAUACAACUCCUGUGAUGAAAAAUCAGAGGCACCUGAAGGGAAGGCCAGCUGUUCUGCUGCCCAUCAACAUUCCUGGUGGAACUCAGGAUUUCAGCAUGAGCAACGCACUGAAUAAUAAAGGAACAACCACAUAUUUAUGGUACCUGAGCAAGUACACGUAUUAGAACACAGUUGUUAAAGGUAGUGCUUGGUCAUCCUUAUGGUUGUUAAAUAUGAUCUGUUAGACAGGUGAGUUACUCCGCACCAUCAGGUUUGGGGAUACCUAUAAACAUACCUUGCCAAAAUGACAAUCUGAUAAAUAACCCUGUCUGUCCUCUUAUUGUAAAUGAUUGGUACAAAUAAAGUAAUAUUGAAUCAUGAUAAGGUUAUGGCAGUAAUCAGAAACCAGCAAGACAUUUAAAAGAAUGAUUUGCACAACACAUUGACAUCUCUGCUAUUAUUUUGAAGAAAAAUGUAAAACCUGCAUUUGCAGUUAGUGCUUUACCUUGCAUUUCCUGAAUAUAUUGGUGAUUGUUGAAGUACUAAUGACAUUUAAGUCCUGUGGGUUUUAAGAGUCUAAUUCAUUUCUUUAUUCAUUAUUAUUGGGUAGAAAUAGAAGCUCUUCUAUAGAAGGUUAGAAUUAUAUUAUCAGAUCAAAUGCCUUGCUGAUAGAGUAAUUUAAUAUGAGGAAUUAUCUCUAUGAUUAUUUAAAUGGAAUACUAAGUACGUACAUAAAUGUGUUUUAUAAUUUACUUUAAGAAUGGGACCACCACUUUUUUUUUUUUUUUAAAUGGGAUACAUACCAAAACCUAAAAUGAGGCAGAGGUGGCACAGUCAGCUUAAUCUGGGCACUUAUGAUAUAUCAAAGGGACAUACUUGACAACAAAUUUGUAUAUGCCACUCAGAGUCACUACUGGCUACAGCAUAAAGUAUCUGCUGUCUGGCAGAUUAGAUGUGUUGCCUAAGCCCAAAACACAGCAGUCUUGGAUGUGGGAAGCAAUCUUCAAUUCUUUAUUUAAAAAAAAAAAAGAGAGAGAAAAAAGCAGUGUCUUCAAACCUGUGAGUACAGGUCAUCAUAUUAAGUGGACUCUGUCCUACUGCUAAUGCUGGAAAUAGAUAUUCUUUGAAAUCUGCAUUAGGAACACAGUUCUGAGUACAGUCAAAACCCUAUCAGUGCCUAGAUGAAUUGAGACAUGAAAGCACUGAGGACUUUGAAGAGGUCACUGCAUGUUUUUAGUAGUUCAUUUUCAGAAUCUGAUGCCAAGUAUAUAACUGUUCUGAUACGUUUUCAAAGCUAAACCAUCAGGUCAUGAUAGACGAAUCUUUUGCUCAGAUUUUUUAACAGUUCUGCCUACUUAGGAGUUGUGAGUUCUUACACAAGAAUGUUAAAGACUGAAAUUUUUAGACAAGCAAUUUCAAAAUGGUGAAGCCAUUAUCUGUAAAAAACCACACCACAUAGGGCUGAGACCAAAAUGCGUGUCACUUAAGGUAUACCGUAUGUACCUGCUGAACAUCACUUCUGAUUGAAGAUGAACUAUGUUCGUCUUUCCGUAGCUAUAUGCUUGAAUCUAACUACAAUAUCAAAAUCAGUGUGACACUUGAUUGCACUCAUGUCUUGCGUUAUUCUGGCAUUUUCUGACUGAUUAACAGGUCUGUUUACCAGCUGAAGGACAAGUAUGUUAUGAAGUACUGUAAUUUCAGUUCAGAUGCAGUUAGUAUUGUCUUGUUUUCUUUUGGUGUCAACACUGAACUUCAAGCUGACUAUCAAAGAAAACAGGUUUCUAACUCAGUCAGAAAUUUAAUUCACAUAUCUGGCACUAGUAACAAAUAUCCUGCUGGUGAGUUUUGUUUGUUACGUCUUUAGCCACAUGUUUCUUAAGAGACAUUUAUAUGGAGAAAGGAAAGAAAAAUUAAUUAAUUAAUUAAUUAAUUAAACAAAUAAGCCAACCACCACUUUUUUUUUUUUUUGGAUGGGGGGAAAUCUAGAAGCAGUUGGGAGGUUUGUUUUUUAUUUUAAAGUAUAUAUUAAUGAGGAAUAGUGUGCUUAAGGAAGUUCAAAAAGGAUAAUGGGAAAGUGUCAUUUGGUCUAAAAUUGUAAUUGGUAAAGAUUAACACAGAAGGUUUCCUGCAAAUUACUUGGUAUCUGUUUGGUUCAGUUAGAAUAUCUGACUGUGAAGAACUACUGUGACAUUUCACAUACUUUUUCAGUAUUUGAAGAAACUUAUCAAUUGAUCUUUGAAUACUUCUUUAUUAAAAUCACCUUCUUCAACUUAAUAUUCUUCACAAACAGCAUUGAUAAUAAGGCAAUAAAAAUUGAAGGUAAAUAGUCCUGAAUAUUCAGAAUCCUCUAUGUCAGAAAUUAUGGCACAUAUUUGAUUAUUUGAUUGUAGAAAUGUUGGGCUGCACCAAGGAAAAAUUAUUAACAAUACCUAUAAUUGAAUUAAUUCGCUCUUAUUUACAUCUGCACUGAUACGGGUCCAACACCUCACUUUAAGAAAGUUAGUCUUUCAUAUAGAAAGUUAGUGAUAUCAAUAGUGCUCUUGAACUGCUUAAUGUUAAGCAUGUGCUAAGUUUUUUCUGGUCAGUGGGUGAACAAGAUCUCCACCCUCUCUUGAAAUUCAGCACACUGGCUUUUUGUGGACUCAGUGCACAAAGGUGAAUUUCCAUAAGUAGCUGUACUGAUUUGAACAGAACUACUUGCAUGUCUAAGGCAAGUAUAAUUUAGCCACAAAGUUAUUAAUUUUUGUGGGGAAUGGACUGAAAGAGGCAAGAGAUUUUAAUGGGGAUGAAAAGAAGAAGUUUAUUUUUAAAAAAACCUGGUUGUUCUUUUUAUAACUACUUUGAGCAAACUGUCCACUAAAAAUAAUGAACCACAAUGACUAACAGCACAUUAAAUAUUUUUACUUAUAUUUUGCAGUUAGUUAAUGAAGACAACAUUUUUUAUUAGGAAACUAGAUUGAGAUCAAAAACUAUUCUAAAUGUAAUUUUAUCUGUUCAAUAUUAGUUUGCUUUAUCUGGAAAAAAAAACCCAAGCUCUUCUGUGUUCAAAGAUCACAUCUGAUAACAAGAAAUAGAUCUAUUAUUUAUGCUAUUUACACUGAAAUAGUUUUCUUGAGGUGCAAUAUUUAUUUUUCUGCUUUAACAAGACACGUUUAUUGUUUUUCCUGCACAGCACAGAUGUUUCUAGUAAAAGGAAUUUUAAAAGGGCACUAUUUUUGUGUAUCAUAUUUAAAUCUGUAAUAUUGUAAGAUUUUGCACAAGUGUGCUGGUAUUGUACU